AUGGCACCGCGCAAGACGCGGGUGAAGCCCACAGCGUACCCAUUCCUACCCUUCCACAUCACACGAUGCGCGCAACUGCUUUCGUCCUUAGUAGUAGCGAGCAUCAUGUUUUACUUCCUGCGUGAAUUGGCGCAUGAUGGGUAUAGGUUGCCGUGGACGUUUAUCUUACUAAUGACCGUAUCCCUCCUCACCCCCGCGGCACUCACAAUCACGAUCGUCCUACACUUCCGCCACGGCCUAUCCGCGUCCCUCAACCUGAUUCUCAACAGCGUCCUCGCGCUCCUCUGGACUGUGUCCUUCGCUCUGCUGGCGUGGUGGUGUUCGGGCACAUUGGCACACGUUUGCGACGCGGAUAGCUGGGAAUCAGACACCGGGGUUAGCGUGUGCAGGAUGUACAAGGCGCUGUUCAGCUUCGCGUUGCUAGGCUUUGUGGCAACCGGGUGCGCGUUGGGCUUAGAUGUCAAGGUCAUGAGGGGCGCGAGGACGAGGGGCGUGUUUCAGCAGUUGGAUGUGUUGAACGGAGGGGAAGCGAAGAAAGAUGAAGAGGACACAGGAAGGGACAUCAACCCGAAUCCCAUCGCUGCACGGGCGCAACGGGGUAGGGGUGGAGACGGUUACGCGCUGCCUGAGGAGCAGUUCGGGUACAACGACAUUGGCUAUCACGGAGCUGCAGGUGAGGUUGGGCAAAGCAGGAUAUAA